AGCUUGUAUUUAUCUCUCUAACUUGUUUUACUGUUUUAAUGAAUAGAUGCCAAUAAUAGCGUCUUUAGAACAAAUUGUUGGCUUGGGAAAAGCCAUAAAGUUCGCUUUGACCUCAAAUCUUCACAUAAACAAARAGGUACUGAUAUAUGACAACACUUGGAAAUUUUUUGAAUGCUGUCGAAAGUGCUCAGUUUUAAAGCUCAAUUAUUCAAAAGAUAUCCUCAAACCCAAGAAAUCAGUAUAAUGUACAGCAAUGAACCAUCUUUUCAUGGAUUCAAACUCCCAGAGGAUCUUUUGGACUAUCGCUCUCACGAAUCGAAGAAGCGUUUGAUUCGUUGUAUGAGCGAGGGGACUGCAAUGCCAUUUCUGGCGCUAUCAUCUUGCUACAAACCUCAGUCACACCCGGCGUAUUGUGGCUUCUCUACACUAGUGAUGGUGCUAAAUGCCUUACGUGUUGAUCCUAAAAGACUUUGGAAAACUCCCUGGAGAUGGUUUACGGAAGAGUUACUGGAAAAAUCCGUGGAGUUGACCGAACUGGAACUGAUAAGAAAGACAGGGAUAACGAUGGAGCAAUUUCAGAACGUGUCGGAGCGCAACGGAGCGACUUGCAAACUCGUUCGUCCAUCUGGCGAUAGUGAAGAAGGCUAUGAAGAGUUCCUCUCCGAUCUUUACCAUGUCUGCGCGGGUAGGAAAAGUCGCUGGCAAGAUCACGGUUUAAUAAGAUCUGAUGAUAACUCUAGGAAUAUGAACCUGGCUCUAAGCGAAGAAUAUCCCAAUAAGUUGAUGGCGGUUUCAUUUUACAGAGAAGCUUUAGAACAACACGGAAAUGGCCAUUACAGUCCUGUUGCUGCGUUUGAUCUGAAGACCAACUCGGUUCUUGUCUUGGAUACCGCGAGAUUCAAAUAUCCACCGUAUUGGGUACCCACAAGGGAUCUUUAUCGGUCAAUGGUUCCCAUAGAUACAGCAACGGAAAAGAGUCGAGGGUAUUUCUUGAUGAAGAGAAAUGACGUAGGGAAAAUACAAGACUUAUCAUUGUACCUUGAAGAUUGAAGGAAACGCUUACAUAUAUAAUAAUUUCUUGAUGAAGAAAUCUGAGUAGAGAAAAUGCAUGACUUACUGUAUCAUUGUACCUUGAAGGUUGAAGGGGAUGCUUAUAUACGUAUAGUAUGAAGAAAUCUGGGAAAAUACAUGACUCAACAUUGUACCUUGAAGGUCGGUGCCUACAUCAUUCUCAACAGUGACAAAACAAUGAAUCAGUUCUAGUUUACUUAUAACAGCGUCACUGAUAAGUAAACUAGAAUUUAUUGCUUUUUCUCGUUGAGAAUGAUGCCUGCAGACACCGAAACAUCGAGUAAGGGGAAUCUUAUCGUCAUAAAGGUUUUGUGAUUAAAACAUGCAAACUAAGAGUAAAAAUAGAUAAGGUAUAAAGGAAAUAAUUAUUUUGAUUAAAAAAGCCAUAAAAAUGGAAAACAAGUCGAAAGAAAUUAAGAGGAAAGCCAAAGGAAGAAAGAGAAACAAUGGAAGGAUAGAGGGACGAGUUGAAGGAAGGAAGGAAAAGAGGUAGACUAUAACGAAGGAGAAACAGAAGAGUGGGAAGAGAGGCGAGGAAUUCCAACGAAGCUCUAGAGUAAUGGAAAAUAUCAAGAAUAAAUAGCGAGUUGUUCUAGUUAGUCUCUGCUUCAUUCAACCACGAACCAACCAACAUCUGGCCACCUGUUGCAUAUUUGACCAUCUAGUAACCAUGGUAAUGUUUUUUUCGAUUACCUUAAUUGUUGCUGAAAAGCCUUUUCAAAGGAGCAUCAAUAAAAUGUAUGUAAUAUGUA